AUGGGGUGCCAUUCAGUCAAAUCCCUCUUGGCCUUUGGUGUGCUGUUUGUGGCCGUCAGGGCAGGGGCAACGAACAGGUCUUGCAUGAGCAUUCCUGGUGACCCCAAUUGGCCAAUAGAUUCACUAUGGGAAAACCUCAAUCAGACUGUUUCUGGCCGAUUGAUUGCAACUGUACCUAUUGCAAGUGUCUGCCACACCUCCCCGUAUCACGUCUUCGACGAGACGGCUUGUGCAGCUUUGCAGACAGAAUGGGACUUGGCCGAGACUCAUGUUUUGCACCCGGCAGACAUCAUGAACGCGGCCUUUCAGAACCAAUCAUGCGACCCCUUUACGCCCGCCACCGAGCCUUGUGAGCUUGGAAAUUAUGCAAGCUACUCUAUCAACGUCACCGGAGUGGAUGAUGUCGUUGCGGGAAUAAAUUUUGCUAAGGAGAACAAUGUCCGCCUAGUGAUAAAAAACACAGGGCAUGAUUUCAUGGGAAAAUCAACCGGUAAAGGUUCGCUAUCGCUAUGGACCCAUUACCUGAACGAGUCUGUGAUAAUUCCCGAAUUCAUCAGCGACUACUACACCGGACCUGCUGUCAAAGUAGGUGCUGGAGUCAUCGCCGGGUUCCUAUACAAGACUGUUGCUGAAGCCGGUUACCGUGUUGUCGGCGGGACUUGCGCCAGUACAGGCAUUGCGGGUGGGUAUACAGCUGGUGGCGGUCACUCGCUCAUUAAUGGGCUGUACGGUAUGGCAGCCGAUAACGUGCUUGAGUGGGAGAUCGUGACAGCAGAAGGACUGCACAUCACUGCAACCCCUAAUAACGAGUAUUCCGACUUGUACUGGGCGGCAAGCGGUGGCGGCGGUGGCGUUUGGGGAGUCGUCAUCUCAAUGACCACCAGGAUUUUCCCGGAUGCUGCGGUUGGCGGUGCCUCUUUGACGUAUAAUGCCUCAAAUGUGGACGCAGACACGUUCUGGAAAGCUAUUGAGGAAUGGUACGCGUAUCUGCCCUCAUACACAGACGGACUUAAUGGCGGAAAUACGGUGGAGUUUGAGGUGACUGGCACUGCUUUCGCUGCUAUCAGUUUCACCAUCCCUGGUGGCAGCACCAGCGAUAUCGACACAUUGCUUGCUCCCUAUCUGGCGCAAUUGAAAACACUGGGCAUUGAGUACUCAUACUCCUCCCACACCUCCACGAGCUAUUACGCGCAUUACGACAGGGAUCUUGGGCCACUUCCUUAUGGACCGUGGCCUGGGGACAUCCUCUUCAGCAACCGCCUGUUCCCUCGCUCCGUGUCUGAAAACGCCACGACCAAUUCGGCUUUAGUUGAGACUAUCAGAAACAUGACGACAUACCAGGACGGAUAUUUCUGGCUUGGUUGCAUGGCUGUUCAUGUCAACAGCAGCACGGGUCACCCAGACAAUGCAGUACUGCCCGCAUUUCGCGACGUCCUUGGAAUUUGCACUGUUAUAGGCUAUUGGAAUUGGACUGGGCCAAUGGCUGACAUGUGGGAGCGGAAGGCUUACCUUGUCGACGAGAUAGUCCCAGCUUUUGAAGCUGUGACGCCAGGCUCGGGAUCUUACCUCAAUGAGGUUGAUUCUUGGUACAAGGGUAACUGGAAACAAGAGUUUUAUGGAUCCAAUUAUGACCGACUUCUCCAAGUCAAGAACAAGUACGAUCCUGACCAUCUAUUCUAUGCCUAUACAGGCGUCGGAAGCGAUUAUUGGUCUCCAGAUGACAGCGGCAGGCUGUGCAAAACCUGA